GCACCGGCCCUAUAAAUAGGCCCAGCCCAGGCUGUGGCUCAGCUCUUGGAGGGAGUCAAGCACCAGGCAGAGGUCUCAGGCUAACCAAGCCCCCUGCCAGCAUGGCCAGCGAAUUCAAGAAGAAGCUCUUCUGGAGAGCAGUGGUGGCCGAGUUCCUGGCCAUGACCCUCUUCGUCUUCAUCAGCAUCGGGACCGCCCUGGGCUUCAACUACCCGGUGGGGAGUAACCAGACGGCGGUCCAGGACAAUGUGAAGGUGUCGCUGGCCUUCGGGCUGAGUAUUGCCACGCUGGCCCAGAGCGUGGGCCACAUCAGCGGCGCCCACCUCAACCCGGCU